AGGCGCCCCGGACGCCGGCAGGUCCCGAGGGACCGGGCGGCGACGCCAUGGCGGUGCGACAGGCGCUGGGCCGGGGCCUGCAGCUGGGCCGAGCGCUGCUCCUGCGCUUCACGGCCAAGCCCGGCCCGGCCUACGGCUGGGGCCGGCCGGAGCGGCCCGGCCCCGCGGCGGGCUGGGGUCGCGGAGAGCGCCCGGGCCCGGCCGCGGGACCCGGCACGGAGCCGUGCAGGCUCGGGCUCGGGCUUCCCGGCCGCUACCGCUUCUUCCGCCAGUCGGUGGCCGGACUGGCGGAGCGGCUCCAGCGGCAGUUCGUGGUGCGGGCCCGGGGCGGUGCGGGCCCUCGCGGCCGCGCUGUCUUUCUGGCCUUCGGGCUUGGGCUGGGCCUCAUCGAGGAGAAGCAAGCGGAGGGCCGGCGGGCCGCCUCAGCCUGUGAGGAGAUUCAGGCAAUUUUCACCCAGAAAAACAAGCUGCUCCCGGACCCACUGGACACCCGACGCUGGCAGGGUUUCCGGCUGGAGGAGUAUCUGAUCGGGCAGUCCAUUGGCAAGGGCUGCAGCGCCGCCGUCUAUGAGGCCGCCAUGCCUGUGUUGCCCCGGAACCUGGAGGAGGCAGAGAGCCUGGGCCAGCUUCUUCCAGGGAAGGGCCCAGAGAUCCUUCCACGGGGAGAGGAGGCGCCGGCCCCGCGGGCCCCGGCCUUCCCCUUGGCCAUCAAGAUGAUGUGGAACAUCUCGGCAGGCUCAUCCAGCGAAGCCAUCUUUAGCGCAAUGAGCCAGGAGCUGGUCCCAGCCAGUCGAGUGGCCGUGGCCGGGGAGUAUGGAGCAGCCACUCACGGAAGACCCAAGGGAGGUCCCAAGCAGCUGGCCCCGCACCCCAACAUCAUCCGGGUCUUGCGAGCCUUCACCUCGUCGGUGCCGCUGCUGCCAGGAGCCCUGGUCGACUACCCGGAUGUGCUGCCCCCGCGUCUUCACCCCGCAGGCCUGGGCCACGGGCGGACUCUCUUCCUUGUCAUGAAGAACUACCCCUGUACCCUGCGCCAGUACCUUCGCGGGAACACCCCAAGCCCCCGGCUGGCCACUGUGAUGACUCUGCAGCUCUUGGAAGCGGUGGAUCACCUGGUCCAGCAGGGCGUUGCACACAGAGACCUGAAGUCCGACAACAUCCUUGUGGAACUGGAUGCAGACGGCUGCCCCUGGUUGGUGAUCACAGACUUUGGCUGCUGCUUGGCUGAUGAGCGCAUCGGCCUACAGUUGCCUUUCACCAGCUGGUACGUGGACCGCGGCGGAAAUGGCUGCCUGAUGGCUCCUGAGGUGUCCACGGCCUGCCCUGGCCCCAGGGCAGUGAUCGACUACAGCAAGGCGGAUGCCUGGGCGGUGGGCGCACUCGCCUAUGAAAUCUUCGGGCUCCCCAAUCCCUUUUACGGCCAGGGCAGGGCCCACCUUGAAAGCCGCAGUUACCAGGAGGCUCAGCUGCCAGCACUGCCCGAGUGGGUGCCGUGGGACGUGAGGUGCCUGGUGAGGUCACUGCUGCAGCGGGAGGCCUGCAAGAGGCCAUCCGCCCGAGUGGCUGCUAACGUGCUUCACUUAAGCCUCUGGGGUGAACACACGCUUGCCCCGAAGAACCUGAAACCGGAUGAGAUGAUUGGCUGGCUCCUCCAACAAUCGGCCGCCACUCUGCUGGCCAACAGGCUGACGGAGAACUGUGUGGAAACGAAAAUGAAGAUGCUGUUUCUGGCCAACCUGGAGUAUGAAGCGCUGAGCCAGGCGGCCCUCCUCCUCGACUCCUGGAGGGCGGCCCCGAGACAGCUGCUGUAGCUGGUGAAUUACUAAAAGAACUUUCCCGUAUCUGUGUCAUGAUGGUCUGUGAAUGCUGAGCAAGUGCCUCCUAGGUGAGGGGACGGGGGAGUCAGAAGGAAAGAUGGCACGGGGAGGGCGAGUCAGCAAAGAGAAGGCCUCAGGUUUGGGAGAUGGAAGGAGCAGCUCGAGGUCACAGUGUAAUCACUAACUCGCUCUAGCUGUGUGAUUUUGCCUAGCUGUGUGAUUCUGAUGCAUCAUCCAAGUUCUCUUACCUGUGAAAUGAAGACACUGCUCUCAAUAGAGGUCAGCAACCUUGUUCUGUCGAGGGCUAGUGCUCAGGCUUUCGCAGCUACUCAGCUCUGCCAUCGUGGCGCAAAGACAGCCUUCAAUGUGUGAACAAGUUCAGCUUCACUUAGGGACUCUGAGAUUUGGAAUUUCGUGUGUCACUACAUAUUCUUAAUUUUUUCAACCACUUAAAAGGUAAAAACCAUUUUUUAGCUUGCAGGCCUGCAAAAAUCAGGCAGCAAGCCAGAUUGGCCCACAGACCAAGUUUGCCAACCCCUCAUCUAACUGACUGCAAAGGGCCUAACCCUCAAGAGAAAUGCUAGCCAAUCAGCAGGCUCCUUUGUGCAUCAGCGCUGCCCACGUGAUGCCCAGGGCACACAGAUCCAAAGGAUGACCUCUGUCCUAGGCGAGAGGCUGCUCAGGCAUAAACCACUGACCAGAGUCCUGUCCUCCUCGACCUCUGAAAAGUCAGUGGCCGAGCGGCUCUGUUAGGUGAGGCUGAGCUGAGGAAGGUCAGACCUGUGCUGUGGCCAGAGUUCAUGCAGGUCAGGAUAGUCAGGUGUCAGAGUGAACAGCACGUGAGUGAGGCCCGAGACGGGAGCCGCUGCAGUCAGUCAUCUGUCCCAGAGCAGCCCUGGGUGCUGGUGACAAGCAUCGCCGCAGAGCUCGUGCAGCCGCUGAUUUGAGUCCAGCAGAGCGCCGGUGACUAAUGAAAUGGAGAUUAACAGGGCAGUGUUCUGAACUUGCUGAUUGUCCCUUCUGACUAGCAUUUCUUACAGGAAUUGUGAUGAAUUAAACGCAUAUUGACAACCGCAAAAUAUGUAAGUGCCUCAAACUGAAGACUUUGCUUUUAAGAGUAAGCCUCACACUAUAAAGACAAUGAUAGUUGAGACGG